GUCUCAGUCACAAUCAGAGUCAGUCAGGUGUAGGCAGUGCUUCGUAGUGGUUCCGCAGGUUGUGCUUUUCCAGGUCCACUGUGGUAUCCUGGGUCACUCUGGUUUUCAUAGUGGCUGCAAAAUUUCUAAUGGCAAAAAAAGAGUGAAGGAGAAACCUGAUGAUAGAAGAUUCGUGCUGAUGCUGUGUAAAAUAUGGGGAGCGAAUUUUUAAGUGAAUCAGUUUACGAAGAAAAGUAAUCCCGAAAGAAUAAUGAUGAAUAAAAUCUAAGAAAGUGAGAAAAAUUGAAGCUGCCGCGGUUGGUUCGAGUUGGGCCGAAUAAGUGGAGAAACGAAGGACAAGUGGAAAUUUUUUUCGACACCUUCGGAAGUAGCAGGGAGACGAAGUGAAGAACGUGAAGAAGCAGAAAAAAGGCGGAGAGCUAACACAAAACUGGAAAAGUGGUCAGAGAGGAAAAUCGAGAAAAAAUACCUCCAGAAUCCAGCUCAGCUUCUUCAGAAUGGCCCCGGGCCAUUACUUCUGGGCAAUAUUCUACUUUGCUUGCUUGUGUAGUGCGUCACUAGCAAACAACGCCAAAGUCAAUUUUCGCGAGAAGGAGAAGAAAAUCCUCGAUCAAAUCCUCGGAGCGGGUAAAUAUGACGCCCGAAUCCGUCCAUCGGGCAUCAACGGGACAGAUGAUACCACGCGGGUGUACGUCAACAUGUUCCUUAGAUCGAUCUCGAAAAUCGACGAUUACAAAAUGGAGUACAGCGUGCAGCUAACAUUCCGAGAGCAGUGGCUGGACGAGCGGCUGAAGUUCGACGACAUCGGAGGGCGCCUCAAAUACCUAACGCUGACCGAGGCAAACCGUGUUUGGAUGCCGGAUUUGUUCUUCUCGAACGAAAAAGAAGGCCACUUCCACAACAUCAUCAUGCCCAACGUGUACAUCCGUAUCUUCCCGUACGGUUCGGUGCUGUACAGUAUACGAAUCUCGCUGACCCUGGCCUGCCCGAUGAACCUGAAGCUGUACCCGCUCGAUCGGCAGGUCUGCUCGCUCCGGAUGGCUAGCUACGGUUGGACAACUGCCGACUUGGUAUUCCUUUGGAAAGAAGGCGAUCCUGUGCAGGUGGUGAAAAACUUACACCUACCACGCUUUACUUUGGAGAAAUUCUUGACUGAUUACUGUAACAGUAAAACCAAUACCGGUGAAUAUAGUUGUCUCAAGGUGGACCUACUCUUCAAGCGUGAGUUCUCUUACUACCUGAUCCAGAUUUACAUACCCUGCUGCAUGUUGGUCAUCGUAUCCUGGGUGUCCUUCUGGCUGGAUCAAGGAGCGGUACCGGCUCGUGUAUCGCUCGGUGUGACAACGCUACUCACAAUGGCAACUCAAACGUCCGGAAUCAACGCAUCGCUCCCACCGGUAUCCUACACCAAAGCCAUCGACGUGUGGACCGGAGUCUGCUUGACGUUCGUCUUCGGAGCACUGCUUGAGUUCGCCCUCGUAAAUUACGCGUCCCGUUCAGCGGAUAGAGCCGCGGAUAUGCACCGGGAGAACAUGAAGAAGAAGCGGCGCGAGCUGGAGCAAGCCAGCCUAGAUGCAGCCUCAGAUCUGCUGGAUACGGACAGCAAUGCCACCUUCGCGAUGAAUAAUGGAUUUGCCCACUUGCAGAAGCCUUUGGUACGUCAUCCUGGCGACCCGAUGGCGCUGGAGAAGCUACGGCAAUGUGAGGUUCACAUGCAGGCUCCCAAGCGGCCAAAUUGCUGCAGGAGUUGGUUGUCCAAAUUCCCCACCAGUGUGCUGUCGAAAGUAAAAAGUACCAACAACAAUGACAACAAUUUCAGUCUGCGUAAGAAGGUCCCAUGCUUCGGAAGGGGACAAUGCUCUCGCUCGAAGCGCAUCGACGUUAUCUCCCGGAUAACGUUCCCGCUGGUAUUCGCCUUAUUCAACCUGGUCUACUGGAGCACCUAUCUCUUCCGGGAAGAGGAGGAAGAUUAGAUCACCCAUCCCCAUGGCUGUGCUGCCGAUUGUCCAUUUCCGCAGCCCUACCAGCGCCACAUCUUACGGUUAUUACAAGUCAUUAUUAUGGAAGUUAGUGGUAACGUUAGAGCUAAGAUCAAUAGACAAGCGGGAUACCAUGGAAGUAAAUUGAAAGCCCAAAAAAUGCCAUUCGACGUAGUUUUUUUCAGGAAAAAGCAAGCAAAAUCAAACAACCAAAACCAGAAAUAGCAAACGAAGUUUUAACUACAAUCCAAUUAAUGUGGAGUCGCCGCAAACAAUACGGUUAUGAAAUUCACACUCACAGAAAAAUACUGCUCAACAGAAUACAUAUUUAUAUAGGCGAUCCUUCUCUAUAUAUGCACACUCCAUACAUUUUUAUAUAUGUAGUCGGAAGCACCCUAGCUUAAGCUGGGUAUGAGGAAAAAAAAGUGCACAAAUAGUCUCAAUGAAUUAUUUUGACGUUCACACGGAUGAAAGUGCAACUCAAAACGAACCCAUCAUAUCUCAUCGCGCAAGAAGUUUCCAGACUGAUACAUGGAUGGCACUGCUGUUAACAGAUCCAGAAUGUCAUGAAACCGUCUGCAGUUUAGUAUUAUACAAAAAUAAUGUGAGUCUGUCAACUGGAAAUUUAUGCAAUGAUGUGUUAUGACGAAGGAACUCUUCUUCGCCCUUGUGGAGAACAAAAUCUUUCAGUGUUAUACGAAAUCUUAUAAAUAGACGUGUUUUGAACGAACUUAGGGUUCGAAUGACCCGAUAUUUUGUGUUUGGGGCAGCCUUAAAUAAUUAUAUCGAAGCGAAUUGAACCUACAUGGAUGUUUAGGUAUCAAAAACAAGGAUACAACAAGACCAGAUACUCUUGAAUACCGAUUCGACAAAAAGCUGUUUUUUGUUCAUGCCGAGAAAAAAAUCCACAAAAUGCUGAGCAAUAAUGGAUCUAUCGUUUCUAAUCAUGGCUGGAUCUAUAUCAGCUACCAAACAUUGUCGAUACUUUGAAUUCACCCAUUCUCAUCAAACGAAACGUUAAUGGAACAGAAUUCAAUUUCAAAAAUAUACCGAAACGUCAGCAAUUAUCAACCCUGCGAAAAUUCACCGAAAAUUCAGAAGUCAUCUAUUUGUGUGAUCUCUGCAAAUGUGAAUUGCUGACAACAUUGGUGUCACAUUGUUAUUUUUUUCCUUUUACGCCAAUUUUCACGUUAUUCGAUUCCGUGACAUUGACGUACCGUUUAGUAAAGAUCUUUUUUUUUUCAUUGACAGUCGAAUUCCGCACUGUUUUUGAAAAUGAACACGUCCAAAAUUACGCAACGAUCCUCAGCAAACGUUUCACAUUUUAACACAGAAUCGCCAUACUGAAAAGCUGAAAAAGAGCAGAGAUAAUUUUUAAAAAACCAAGUGGCCCCACUGAUACGUAUCACAGAAACCAGUGCAAAAAAAAUCAUAAUACAUCCGUUUCUGGGAAAUUUUAUACCACAAAGCGAACUGAUAUCACAGAAGCACUAAUCACAAUCGGAACUCAGCAAAUCGCGGUCAAAAAAGGAACCGCACCAUUCUGAUAAAACAUAGAUAAAACAAGAAAAAUACAGAUGAAAUACAGGGUUAUCACAAAAGUUAAUUAUUACUAUGCAAAUACAUACCAAAACCGUAACAAAACCAAAAGAUGGUAGAAAAUGUGUAAAAAGUUUUUUCAGUAGUGUAAAUUAAAACUACAUUUGAUUCAAAUGAUUCGAUGACAAUUCGGAUUACGGUGUUUAGACUAAGCAAACCGAAGCGUACACUGAGGGAAAUAUUUUUAUGGAACAAACUAAAUAAAUAGAAUCUGUAAUCACACUGUUAAGUAGCAACUCAUGAAUCAACCUAUCCUAACUGUUUGUUGUGUUUCCAAGAGAAAUAAUGUAAAAACGUUUCGAUUCGAAAUAGGUUCGACUGAAUGGUGGGCGAGACAGUUUUCUGGGAGAAGUUAUUGCAAACAGGGACUGUGAGUAAUAUCACGAGUAAUAUCCUAAACUUCUUUUUCAGUUGUGAGCAUUAUUUGUGCCCUGAAUACACUGUACUAAGAUUUGUUAUGUCUGCACGUGAGAUUGGCCCGAUCAUACGAUACUAGCACAUCCGCCAUUUGAAACAAUGACAAUUGAAGAUGUACUAAAUAUGAUAAAAUUUAAACCCCAAUCAGAAUACAGAAAAAAAUCCGGUUACGUCCGGCAGCAGACAUCAAAGCGGAUUUUCCUUUCAACAAGAAGCAUGAAUUGGUUUUGAAAACCAGAUAACACAAAGCUAACCGUCUCAUUUGUUGUAGUAAAAAAAAAGCAGAAAAUAGCACUAGGAUAACUGGAUACAGUAAAGUGAACCAGACUAUUAUUAUUAUUAUUAUUAUUGACGUAAAUAUAGCAAGCAAACAAUCAGUGGUACGUAAAAAUCAGUUGUCUACUGUACAUUUUUAUUAUAUCGACUUAAUCUCGCCAGUGGCGCAUACACGGGGAAUAAAUUUUACUACACGUUACUACCAGAAGAAAACACUUGAUCGACUAUGGAUAACAAAUUGCAGUUGUAUUUUUUUACUAGCUGAGAUUUCUCCUUUAUCCUAUACUAAAAACAACUGUGCAUAAGUUACAUACAUUAGGUAAGAACUAUUGUUUAAAAGAAUGGGAGGAAAAAUAAAUUAUAUACAAAAUACACGUUUAAAUAAA